AUGGAUAACAUAGACGGCUCUGAGUGGAUGGUGGUGAUAGCCAUGUUGAUACAUCUCCUCUUGGCUCCGGGCACUAAAGUCGAAGAGAGUUUCAACGUACAAGCAACUCAUGACUUGAUCUACCAUGCCUACAACUUAACAGCCUACGACCACAACGACUUCCCUGGAGUAGUGCCGAGAACAUUCGUUGGACCAAUCUACCUCGCAAUUUUUGCUCUCCCGAUGCGUCUUGUAUUGCAUUUGUCGAACGCUCCUAAGUUCUGGAUGCUCUUCUUUGUGCGCUUUGUACUCGGGAUGACAAACGUGAUGGCUUUCUUGAACUUCGCCAGAGCAGUCCGUAAGCAUUUCGGAGCAGAAACAGCAACGUUUUUAAGGAUUAUCGUCGCGUCUCAGUUUCACAUGCUUUUCUAUGCUUCUCGUCCGCUUCCGAAUACAUUUGCUUUUAUAUUAGUGUUGACAGUUUUCCAAAGAUGUUUGGAGAAUCGUUAUGAGAGUGCGGUCCGUUGGGCGACUACUGCUGUUGUGCUCUUCAGGUGUGAACUGGUUCUGCUUUUCGCUCCCAUAUUUCUCCCUGUCAUUCUACGUGGUCGACUUCCUCUUUUUGGUUGGGACGGCGCACUUGCUAUUGGUAUCAAAACGGCGGCAAAAGUGCUAGCUGUGACUAUUCCUGUUGAUUCGUUGUUUUGGAGACGUAUUAUUUAUCCCGAGUUUGAAGUAGCAGUCUUCAAUAUUUUGGAAAAUAGAAGUCACGAGUAUGGUGUAUCACCAUUUCUGUGGUAUUUUUAUUCAUCUCUGCCGCGGGGUUUGCUGGCUAGUCUUCCUCUCGCAAUCCUUGGAGUACUCCUGGAUCGAAGGAUUCAGCAUAUGAUUCUUUCAGUUUUGGUUUUCAUCUUUCUAUAUAGCUUUUUGCCUCAUAAAGAACUCAGGUUCGUGAUGUAUUCAUUCCCAGUGAUCGAUCUUUCAGCUGCCGUGUUUUGUGCUCGAAUGUAUAUCAACCGUGAGAAAUCAUUCAAUCGCCGUUUGCUUUACUUUGGCUGUUGCCUCCAUAUUAUUGCCAAUUUACUGGGAACAGCCGCUCUCCUCUACGCUGGUUCUAGGAAUUAUCCCGGAGGAGAUGCAAUCACCCACUUGCAGUGGACUCAACGCGUCGAUGCUAACAAGCCGGUAUCUGUCUACAUUGAUAAUGCUUGCGCUCAAACAGGUGUGAGCCGUUUUGUGCAGCUCUACGAUGCGUGGGAGUACAACAAGACCGAGACAUUAACACCUGCUGAUAUGGAAAGGUUCGACUUUCUGAUGAUUGGUACGUAUUCCGGAAAUCUGAAGGAAAUUGUCAUGACAAACUACACUACUCAUCAUAGAGUGAUGUUCGCUGUUCCGGCUUUUCAUCGGUUCACACUUAAGAAAACUUCUUCAUUCCCAUUCUAUUACCCACAGAUGAUAUUCAAAGAAAAAGUUGCUGUGUUGAAGAAGAAAUAA